AUGCCUUUCUUCAGUGACGCCCGCAAGCGCCGCAAAUACACAGAACCUCCAGCUGCUGCUGUGCCUGUCUUUCCUCAAAACCCUUCUCCUUAUGCUCUGAAUACCUCCGGCGUCAUCUACGAGGAGCCUCAGCCCCAAUGGACAUGGCAGCCCGCUGCACACCUUCCUCCCGCCUCGUACCCUUAUGUGAACUCGGCUCCGUUCCUGCCUCCGGUGCAGAGUGUACAGAUGGAGUACCACGCAAUGCCUCUGCACCCUCAACACACAUGGCCACCUCCUCCAUCGAACUACGUGGAUGCUGGCCCUCCAAGAGCGUCCAUGCCAAUUGAGUUGCGAGAGCGGAUCGACCAAAAGUUGGGCGACGUCAUAUCGCUCAUUGAUGAAGAUGCGUUUUCGGGUUUGGAGAAAGAGCUGCUGAUUUCAGAGGGAGAUUUUCCGACACCAGAACUCGGAGAGACAUAUGCUAUGGAUCGAGAUAUGGCACGAACAUUCGGAGGGGUCGAGAAAAUGCCAGCGAGGCAGAGGAGACAAGCGCCACAGAAACAGACCAACGUCUUCUCCAAGCUUGACCUAUACAUGAACUCUAGACUGCCUGUGUCUCUCCAACCAUUCCGAGUUUAUAUACCAACAUGGCCGCUCCUGUGUCUUGCGGCACAAUAUUCACACAGCGCAUACAUAUCCCCACAAUCCUCGUCGGAACGCAAGGACUUUGUCUCGGCAGAUGGCCGUCUAGGGACAAAGGCCAUGGUGAUCAAGUCGAUUCCGUGUGACGACAAGAAAACCAUCGUCUUCGCCAUCCGUGGGACAAGUUUCUUUAGUGUGCGCGAUUGGGGGGUUAAUCUCGACACCGAGCCCGUGUCGCCGGCCGGAUUUCUGGACGACCAGGGGAAUCUCUGUCACUCCGGUUUUCUUCGAGUCGCUAAGGCGAUGGUCAAGCCGAUCGCGGCCAGACUUCGACACCUGUUGGAAGAGAACCCGUCCCGAUCGAGCUGCUCUCUCUUGAUUACCGGUCACUCUGCUGGUGGAGCCGUAGCGAGUCUGCUAUAUGCUCACAUGCUUGCGGAGACGGUUGAAUCAGAGCUCAACAUUCUCACAGACUGUUUUAAGAGAGUCCAUUGUGUCACGUUUGGAGCUCCACCAGUCAGUCUCUUACCGCUCCAGAAGCCCGACACCGCUGAUGGACGGCUACGCAAAUGUCUCUUUCACUCGUUUAUGAACGAGGGGGACCCCGUUGUGCGCGCGGAGAAGGCAUAUGUGAAAAGCCUCGUUGACCUGCUGUCGCGACCAAUCCCGUCAUUGCCAUCCCUCGAACCAAAGCAGUCCUCCGUACAAACGCUGACGGCGCUUGGGGCGUCCAUGUCCAGACUCGAUCUCUCAAUGAUAGCCGUUCCAAAGAAACAAUCGAGACCCAAGCCUCCGAAAUCGAAAAAUCCGUCUCUCCCACUCAGGAAGCUGUGGUGGGAUGUUCCUCCUGCGACGCUGUCAAAUGCAGGUCGUCUCGUGGUGCUCCGCGUUCCACACUGGCCCGGUGCGACGGAGGCCGACGUGACGGCGUCUCUGGUCAAGGAUGAGCAAUUGCGACAAGUCGUCUUCGGGGAUCCUCUGGUUCACUCGAUGGAUCUGUACGCGAAGAGGAUCGAGAUGCUCGCUGUGCGUGCGGUCACCGGACGUGGCGGAGCAUGUUGA